AUGGAGGACGACCUCCUGUAUUACUACAAUGUUACAAGACCGGAGGCCAAGAAGAAGAAGACAACUAAGCUCGAUUGGGGAACGCGUAAGGGCCAGAAGCUUAACCCACUCGACCGCGCCAUCGGCCUAGUGCUAACGAAAGUUCAACAAGAGGCGAAACAGAAGCAGGAUGAUGUGAGUCAAUUGAAGCGUGAGAUAGAGGAGCAGCAGCAAGAAGGCGUGAUUUAUGACAUCCAGCUACGGGAGAAGAGCAACGAACUAGAAGCACUCAAGAAUAUGACAGAGUUGGGUGCCAAAGCACAGCAAGACGUAGUCAAGUUUGAGAGCUUUCAACUGUUCGGCUCAGCGGAGGCGGCAAUCACGAAGUCUUGUGGUGUUAUCAAGAACGGUCAGGAGAAGAGCGAGGGAUGUCUCGAGACGGCAGCUCGGAAUGGUGAAGAAGCGGCGUCUGGAGCAAUCUAA